AUGGCAGCCAAAUACCUUUCCGCCGCCAACGCAGCAGCCUUGGAUAAAGAACUCAUGUCCCUUGGCGCAUUUUCCCUUGAUCAAUUAAUGGAACUUGCUGGAUUGAGUGUUUCGCAAGUCGUAUACAAAGUCCAUCCACCCUCCAAAGGGCGUCGAAUUCUAGUAGCAUGUGGACCUGGAAAUAACGGAGGAGAUGGUCUCGUAGCAGCCCGUCACCUCUGGCACUAUGGCUAUAAACCCACAAUCUACUAUCCCAAACAGGGAAAAAAUGAACUUUAUCAACGUCUCUCUACACAACUCCGCAAUCUCUCCAUCCCAUUCACCGAUGAUUUUACCAGUGCUUUGAAAGAAUCUGACCACAUCAUCGAUGCUAUAUUCGGAUUUUCCUUCUCCAGUCCCCUCCGCUCCCCCUUCCCCUCCAUAAUCACCCUCCUCGAAGAAACUUCUCUCCCUAUAACAUCCAUCGACGCACCCUCAUCAUGGGACAUCGCAAACGGACCACCUUCUUCAGGUCCAGGCGCAAACUUCAUGCCUCAAUAUCUAAUUAGUUUAACGGCCCCAAAACCUCUUGUUCGCUAUUUCAAGGGACGACACUUUUUGGGCGGGAGAUUCGUGACCCCAGAAAUUUCGCAGAAAUAUAAUCUCCAACUCCCCGAAUAUGAAGGAGUAGAUCAAAUCGUUGAAAUGCUUAUUGAAGAGUCCGAAGAGAAAUUGUAA